CAGUAUCAGUAUUACUAACCUUUCCCCAUCCUAGCACUGAUAUCAUUAUCAGUAACGGUAGCAUGUCUGGGUUGUUGCUUCUCACAGGGGUGCUCUUCACUUUUGGAAUAAAUAGUUUUGUCUCAACAGAAAGGAUAAGGCUGCCAAGAGAAUCAAAUGCCCCACCACCUGUUGAGUGCUUGCUGAGCAAUUGGAGUGAAUGGGGACCAUGCAACCCUUGUGUUAAAGAACGGUAUCGCUCAAGGAGUGUCCUGAAGUAUGGACAGUUUGGAGGAAAGGCAUGCCUGGAACCUCUAGGACACAGAGAAAGCUGUGAGCCAGAUGUCCCUUGCCAUGAGGAGGAAGUUGACUGUGGCAAAGACUUCAAGUGUGAAAAUGGACAAUGUAUAAAAACAAGACUGGUAUGCAAUACAGAGGAUGACUGUGGAGAUAUGUCUGAUGAAGGUGAUUGUGAGGACUACCGCCCUGCCCCCUGUCGUGAUCGUAUUCUUGAUGUAUCAGAGCUUGGAAGAAUUGCUGGUCAUGGAAUCAAUGUUCUAGGUAUGAAACCACAGGCAAGCCCAUUUUACAAUGAGUUUUACAAUGGGGCAUGUGAAAGAGUCCGUGAUGGGAAUAGUGGCAUUUAUUAUCGCAAGCCAUGGAAUGUCGCUGUGCUAAAUUAUGAGACACGAGGAGGGAAAAACUUCAGAGCUGAGUACUAUGAGGAUCAAGUGACAGCCCUGAAAGAAGUGCUACGUGAAACACUGCAAACUUUUAAAUCAAGCUUAUCUCUAAAAAUGAAUCCCACUGAAAUAAGCGAGGGAAAUAUUACAUUAACAGAUUUCAACACAGACUUCACAGCUUCUCAUUCCAGUAGCAUCAGGGACUACUUGCGCGAGUCGAAAGGGAAGGAACAACUAUUUCUACAUGUGAGAUCAAGCAUUGAGCUAGGAUCAUUUAUUAUGCGAACACGCGAUCUUCGUCUAAAUGACUGGUUCCUUGAUGACAUAAAAAAUUUGCCUACUACAUAUGACAGGGGAGAGUAUUUUAAAUUUCUGGAAACACACGGAACUCAUUAUGCAAAGAAGGGAGUUUUUGGAGGAAAAUAUGAAUUACUAUAUGUAUUGGACAGUGAAACUAUGAAAAAAGAAGGUGUUACCAUAACAGAUGUAAAAAAUUGUCUGGGAUAUAAUGUAGAAUUUGGUAUAAAAUCUUCUGAUUUUGAUGCUAGAGUGCCUGUAUCCGAUACCAAGUGCACAACUGAAAAAAUGAGACAAGUUAGCAACAAAACAACAGUUUCACUCAUCAAUGAUGUGGUCUCUAUAGUUCAAGGAGGGAAGACUACUGUUUUAGUUAAGUUGAAGGAACAAUUGUCUAAAGGUAACAAGGUUACUAAUGUUGAAGACUAUGUCGAAUGGGCAGCUACACUCGCUGAUGCUCCUGUAAUAAUAUCACAGGAGCUAUCCCCAAUCUCUGAGCUUGUUCCAUUGAAAAUGCCUGACUCCACAAUAAAAAAACGAAAUCUUGACAGAGGAGUUGAAGACUAUAUUGCGGAAUACAAUGUGUGCAAGUGUCAGCCCUGUCAAAAUGGUGGGACUGUCCUGCUGAUCAAUGGAAAUUGCGAGUGUGGAUGCACCCCUUAUUUCAAAGGAGAUGUCUGUCAGACACCCACGUUGACUUUUGUACCAGGUCAGGUUGCCACUAAUGGGGGAUGGAACUGCUGGUCUAAAUGGUCUGAAUGUAAAAAUGGAGAGCGCACUCGAACAAGACAGUGUGACAAUCCUGAACCCACAGCUGGGGGAAAUCCAUGUGCAGGAUCAAACUCAGAAACAGGCUAUUGUUCUGAUGCAGAGUAAUGGCAGAGAGUCCAAAACAGGUGUUUGAUGGGAAAGUGACACACAGUCUGAAUUUGGAUCUCUGCACCAUGCACCGUGCUUUCGAAGAGAAAUAAAAGAGAUACUAAUUGAUCACUGAAUCUCAAGUUGUUGUUAUUAAAAAUAAGAGUUUCAAAUAAACUUUAGUUGAUGACAUGUUGGA